AUGAGAGACUACAAGCUAGUUGUACUAGGUGCUGGUGGUGUGGGAAAAUCAUGUCUGACCGUACAAUUUGUACAAGGGGUGUAUCUGGACACUUACGACCCUACGAUCGAGGAUUCUUACCGCAAGACAAUGGAAAUCGACAACAAAGUGUUUGAUCUUGAGAUUCUGGACACAGCAGGCGUGGCGCAAUUCACUGCAAUGCGUGAGCUGUACAUAAAAUCUGGAAUGGGGUUCCUGCUGGUGUAUUCUGUAACAGACCGUCAAUCAUUGGAAGAGUUGGUGGAGCUACGGGAACAGGUGCUGCGCAUCAAGGACUCAGCGCGCGUUCCCAUGGUUCUGGUGGGUAACAAGGCAGAUUUGCAAGAUGAGCGUGUGAUUUCAGUCAAAGAAGGCAUCGAAGUGAGCAGUAACUGGGGGAAAGUGCCAUUUUAUGAGACGAGUGCAUUGCUGAGAAGCAACGUCGACGAAGUGUUCGUAGACUUGGUAAGGCAAAUUAUCAGAAACGAAAUGGAGGCAAACCAGGCGCCCUCCAAUACUGUAGGUGGACCCAUGUCGAGGCGCGACACGCAUGCCACUUCGAUAACCAACAAAAGUGCUGUUGCAGCAGCGGGAGCAGAUGCAAUGGUAAGUUCGCCAGGUUCCGGCAAUAGGCCCGGAAGAGCUUCAGAACCUGCCAAGGGUCCCAAGAAAGUAGUACCGGCCAAGGAUAAGAAGAAAAAAAACAAGAAGAAAAGCCCAUGUGUGAUUUUAUAA